AUGUCUGAAACAGACGCCCUGCUGGGCAAUGACAGACCCAAGAAAUCACGGUUGUCCCAGCUAUCCAAACACCUGCGCAGCGAACUCGAUCCUACGCAUGGUGAUCUGGUCCUUCUCUUCUGUUACAUCAUCACCGGGCUACUAGACAGCUCAGCGGUAUUGAUAUGGGGCUCCUUCGUGAGCAUGCAAACCGGCAACACGUUAUAUUUCGGACUGGGUGUUGUCGGAACCAAUGACGAUCGCUGGAUCAAGUCCGGAGUCUCCAUCGCGGGGUUCUGUCUGGGCUCCCUGUGUUUCGCCACCUUCCACCGUGUCUUCCCGGCAAGACGGAGAUGGGUCCUCUGUGCAUCAUUCCUUGUUCAAACCCUGUUUGUGUCCAUUGCCGCUUUGAUAGUUACCAUUCAUCGGCCGGCCCGUGAUGCGCCCCUGAAUUGGGUGGUCCUCGCCUCGGUUGCCCUAGUGGCAUUCCAGAGUAGUGGACAGGCUGUGACGAGUCGUGUUUUGAACUUUAACGGCUUGACUAGUGUUGUUCUUACUAGUACUUAUUGCGACUUAUUUUCGCACCCUGAUCUGCUCACGAGAAAGGUCUUCGGUCAUGCUGAAGAAAUGCGGCGGCUUGGCGCAGUCUUGUGCCUGUUCCUUGGGGUUAUCUUGGGGGGUCUCUGGGCUCAUAGCCAUGUUGGUAUGAUGGGAGCUUUGUGGACUGCAGCGAUUUUGAAGUUAUUGAUUGUUGGCGCGUGGCUGAUCUGGAAAGGAAAGAAUGAGGUGGAUACACAAUGA